UAUAAUUGUUUAACGUGUCUUCUUCCCAGACCCAUAUGAGGACCAUUCAGGCUCUCUGCGUCUCAUCACCAUUAAACCCAUGACGGCCCAGCCCACCUUCUCCUACCCCUCCUCCUCCUCGCACAGCCAGGAUUCAGUGGUCGUCAAUGGGGAGGCAAACCACGUUGGGCUGAAGCAGAAAUCGGACAUCGAGCACUACAGAAACAAACUGCGUCAAAAGGCUCGAAGGAAGGGGUACGGAGAGUUCUCGCUCUCUGAGAGUCUCAACCAUGGUUACAGUCACCGUGACAGCAGGCACAACCGACAUGACGGCGCCAUCAAACCGCCCUUGACUGCUGAGGAGAAGAGGGCCUCUUUUGCAGGAUGUCAUAAGAGGUACUCCCACCCACGAGAGCCCACCUACUGGAGCCGUCAGUCUCUGAGCAGCCCCAGCCCAGUGGAGACAGAGAUGGACCUGCUAGUGCUGAGGGAGAGAUCCAGGAGGGGGAUCCGAAAUAACGGCUACGACGGGGAACCAGAACCGUUUGAGGAGACGAACGUGGACCGUCUGAUGACCUCUCUGGGCUACGGAGGAGGAUCCACUGGAACCGGGAACAGCAGUUUGGGGGUGAAAGCUCACCGCGGAUCCGACUCCUCCACACUCAGCUCACAGCCGUCCAUUGACGAGGUCCGCACGCAGAUGCACAUGUUGCUUGGCAACGCUUUCAGCCUGGCGCCUCCGGAUCAUGACCCUCCCUCCCCUCCAACGAACCACCGCCACCACCACCAUCAUGCCCACAGUGUCUACAACCCCUCCCACAGCAGUCACUACAGUGAUGGUGUGACCAGCGCUCCGGGGACGAUGAACCACCCCUGUGGAGGCAGGCAGAGAAGCGCGGGUUACGAGGACAUGCAUCAAUGUAGCCUGCCUAAACCGGGUUUCCGGUUCACUCAGCUUCCCGAUAUGGGCAUCGGCUCUCCUCCGCCUCUAAUCCCCUCCAGACCGGGACCGCCACCUGGAACCUCAAUACGAUGUAACAGCUCCACCCCUGAUGUGAGUCUGAAGCCCCGUGUGUCCGAAGCAUCAGAUCUGCAGACCCAGCAGCACAACGGCGCCCCCUACCUGCCGCUCUCUAGGACACCGUUCCCUGCUGUCACUGUAGAUCAGUCCAUCAGCACCUACUCAGGAAACCCAAUCACAGCAGUCUAUGCUAUAUCAGCCAAUCGUCCGGGUUACUCAGACUACUUCGUCAUGUCUCCACCGUCCUCAUAUCGGAGUCCCUCCUGGAUGUCCUAUCCACCCGAACCUGAAGAUUUACCACGGCAGUGGAACGACACACCUAACUCUCGCCACCUGGAGACCAUCUGCUGAAGAUGGCCACCGGUGACGCCGAGCAGAAACACUCUGAAUCGGUAUCUCUUCGACGACAUAGAUGACCUCUUUCCCUCUGAAGGCACUCUCCGGCUUCAUCGACCCUCGUCUUCUCUGACCUCCGUCUCAUCUAAGAACCUGAGAGUGACGCUAGUUCCUCUGCUCCAGGAAGUCUCUCACUUUCUCCUCUUUAAUAUCUUUACAAGCGAGAUCCUCAGCCAUAAAUUUUGAGCAACCCCUGGCCUCUGUAGUCUGCUCAGGCCCCUUUAACUCUUCUGCAGUGCCCACUGCUGUACAGGCGAAAGCCCCCCCUCCACACGCUGGUUGGUGAAGCUGAGCUGCGCUGAGCUUCCUGCAGUGUGAAAGAACAGAGCGAGUACAGCACAGUGUGACAAACUCUAGCACUUAUUUGCCAUCUUCCCAGCACACGAUGGCACACAGUUAUCAGUACGUUACUGCCCCAGCAAUGGCCAUUACUACUCCGUGGCACUGGACCAGGCCGGUCUGGACUGGACUGGACUGGACUGGACUGGACUGGACUGGACUGGACUCGAGGUCCACCACAAAGCCAGGAAAGCUGAACUGACGUAAAACUGUGCUUUUUUUGAUGAAUCCAAAUUCCUCUGUAAAUCUUAUACAGCUGGUAAAUAUAUGUAUUUUAAACUUGAGUAAGG